UUUGAAGGGUGCAACAAGGCAUUUUCUAGGCUUGAGAACCUUAAGAUUCACCUCCGGAGUCAUACUGGGGAGAAGCCAUACCUGUGUCAGCAUCCUGGCUGCCAGAAAGCUUUCAGCAACUCCAGCGACCGGGCAAAGCAUCAGCGAACACACCUGGAUACCAAACCCUAUGCCUGUCAGAUUCCUGGCUGCUCCAAACGCUACACUGACCCCAGCUCUCUGCGCAAACAUGUGAAAGCUCAUUCAGCCAAAGAACAACAGGUGCGUAAGAAGCUAAAUUCUUGCACUGAUAUCGAACAAGAUGUACUAAGUGAAUGCUUAGCUAUACAACAACUCCACACAUCUUCACAACAUAUUUUGGAUGGGAAAUGUGGUAGAUCUGUAGGUCAUCAUGAUUUAAUUACAGGCAUGUACAGCAGUUCCAGCGCUAACCAUAACGGCCCCUCGCCAGGUAUAUUGCCGCCUCCUCAUGACGUCCCUUCAAGACACCAUCCACUCGACUCUACCCUUUCCAGUCCACAUCACCACCAGUCACCGUUGGAGAGUGCCAGGGAAGGGCUCGCUCCCAACAUAAUCUCUCCGCUUGUCAGCCCCCUGAAAGCACUAGUUCCACCUUCCCUAUUGCAGAAACACGGCUCUCCGUCAUCACACAGCCAGUCACCAAAUGGGCAGCAAUUUUCUGGAAUACCAAAUAAACCAUACACUCAAUUUCAAAACCAGUCUGUACAGCAGGGAUCUCAAGGUUACCAAGGCAGCUUUCACUCAAUACAAAACUGUUUCCAUUAUGGAGAUUGCUACAGAACAAUGGACCAGUCUGUCACCAGUGAUGUGAUAACAGGGGAAUCCCAUUGCUUUAAUCCUCUGAGACAGAACGGCUAUCACAUACUCAAUGCACCUUUAGCUUCAACAGGCUACGAUGCGAUCUCCGAAGCACAGUGCGUGUCUGAAGACAUGGUCUCCAACGGAACUGAUGAAAAUGGAUUCUUCCAAAACGGCGCCUUUGAUCACUGCUUGAAUCACAUCCCUUCCAUCUAUACAGAUACCUAAGAGCAGUGCUGACCUUGUUUUCUUUAUUAUGCCUAUAACUGAGUAUGUAAUAACAAAGGUGUUGUUCAAGUACUUUUAUUUAGUCUGUAUCCCUAUAUGUGCUCAUUUAAAUAAACACCUCACAUUUACCAAACCAUUUUAUACAUGAAUAGUCUGUAUAAGAUAAUAUUGGACCCUGUUCCUUUGCUGUGGCACUUUGAAAUUCAUGCU